GACGCCACUUUCGGCGCGUCCGGGCCGAAGCGGAGCGGGAGCGGCGCGGGGGGGCCCGGCGGGGCCGGGGCGCAGGCCCUGAGGAUGUCGGACGGGAUCCUGAGCAAGGCAGCCACCAUGGAGAUCCCCAUCAGCAGCAACGGGGACACCAGCAGCCUGCCCGAGGACGAUGGCCUGGAGCAGGACCUGCAGCAGGUGAUGGUGUCGGGACCCAACCUGAACGAGACCAGCAUCGUGUCCGGCGGCUACGGGGGCACAGCCGAGGGCAUCAUCCCCACGGGCACCAUCAAAGGCCCCGGGCUGCACCCACCGCCCCCCGGACCCCCAGCCGGUGGAGAGGAGGUCGUGCGUGGCAUUGCCGUGGAGAAGUUUGACAUUGUCAAGAAGUGGGGCAUCAACACCUACAAGUGCACCAAGCAGCUGCUGUCGGAGCGCUUUGGCCGGGGGUCCCGCACGGUGGACCUGGAGCUGGAGACCCAGAUCGAGCUGUUGCGGGAGACCAAGCGCAAGUACGAGAGCGUGCUGCACCUGGCACGGGCGCUCACGGCCCACCUCUACAGCCUCGUGCAGACCCAGCACGCCCUGGGCGACGCCUUUGCCGACCUCAGCCAGAAAUCCCCCGAGCUCCAGGAGGAGUUUGGGUACAACGCAGAGACGCAGAAGCUGCUGUGCAAGAACGGGGAGACGCUGCUGGGCGCCGUCAACUUCUUUGUGUCCAGCAUCAACACGCUGGUCAACAAGACCAUGGAGGACACGCUCAUGACAGUGAAGCAGUACGAGACGGCCAGGCUGGAGUAUGACGCCUACCGCACGGACCUGGAGGAGCUGAGCAUGGGCCCGCGCGACGCCGGCGCCGUCAGCCGCCUGGACGCCGCCCAGAGCCAGUUCCAGAGCCACAAGGACAAGUACGAGAAGCUGCGGGCGGACGUGGCCAUCAAGCUCAAGUUCUUGGAGGAGAACAAGAUCAAGGUGAUGCACAAGCAACUGCUGCUGUUCCACAACGCCAUCUCUGCGUACUUUGCUGGGAACCAGCAGCAGCUUGAGCAGACCCUCAAGCAGUUCAACAUCAAGCUCAAGACCCCCGGCGCCGAGAAGCCCUCCUGGCUGGAGGAGCAGUGAGCCCCCGUGCCCCCCGGAUGGGAUGGAGGAGCACACAUGGACCUCAGUUGUGGCAGGGGGCUCGUGGGGGCCACAGCCCAGGCCUGCUCUUGGAUGGGGGGGACCCCGGGUGUGGGGAGCUGCCAGAGGGCUGGGUCCCCCCUCAUCCCACAGCCCCUCCUCAGGGCAGGGUGCAGCAGCUCCUCGGCACAGACCCCACGCAGCAGACAGCUGGAGCCCCCCUGCCCCUGACACUCCCAAGGGGGCUGGCUGGGCUGCUGCCCCCAGGCACCCCGCUCACCCCGGGGUGAGCCAGGACCUUCCACUGUCCCCCUGUGCUGCCUCCCCGGGGCAGGGUGAGGGUGCGCCCCUCCCAGGCCCACUGCCAGCUCCCCCCAGGCAGCCCCCUGCCCUGUGCACAGCGGAGCUGGGUGGGGGCAGCACUGGCACAGCCAGGCCCCCCUGUGCUGGGGAGGGGCUGUGGGGCUGCCCCUGGCACCCAGGGGGCUCCUGCUCUGCCCGCCAGUGCCAGGGACACCCUGGCCCCCUCCAGGCCGUUCCCAGGCGUUUCCAGCCUGGCUGCUCAUGCACUCCUGAUUCACAGGGGGCUGCACCCCCAAAGAGCCCCCUGCUUCCCCACCCGGGGCUGCGGUGCCUGGGCUGGGCCGGUGAGGGGGCCCUGUGCCCUGCUGCUCAUGGCAGGGGGAGCUGCUGGCCAGGCACGGGUCCCCUGGCACCCCGGGAGAGCACGGGGGGCUCCAGGCAGGGACCAAAGGUCAGUGGAGGCACGGGGUGCGGGCACACGCGUGU